CUAGAUUCUACCAUAGCCAUAACUUGUAUUAGUUCGAGAUUUAUGAGUGAUAGUAGAUUUAUAGUGAGCUUGGGCUCGAGGCGACAACCAGUUGUCGAACGUAGCCGCGGUCAAGGAAUGGACGUUUUGCUUAACAAAGGUUACAGUUACAAAGAGUCCUAAGCAGUUUUUGCGAUUUGUCACGUAUUCCUUCUGAACAGUGCAAAUUUUCUGCUACAAAAGAUGUGUGCACAGAAAAUAGAAUCCUACGAUUUAUCACCAAAACAACGAUCAAUACUAGAAUGGAAAUACGCAAGAAGAACUCAAUUACGUCAAAAAUAUUUAAAAGAAGUUCUCAACCCAACGAUGCAAGUAAUGCCCGUGGAUAGUGCAGUUCAACGAUUAAUUUCAUUGAGACAUAACCAUGAUUAUGUUUCAAAUGUAAAGUUUCUGCCACAUUUAGUAUUUGGUUUUGCGUGGAUUGGAGCUAUAUAUCUUAGUGGAAGAUUUCUCAAGAAAGUGAAGGAAGAUGAAGAACAUUUAUAUCGUACUGGUCAAGUAGCAUAUGUUGAUAGAGAAUUUAAAUUUGGAUAAUAACAUUUCUUUUUCCAAUUGUAUAUUUGUAGAUCUUAAACUUACAAUAUAUAUGUCAGUACCUGUACUCUAAUACAAUAAAAUAUAAAAUGAGUAUUUCAUUAGUAAACAUAAAA